ACCCAGGGUGACGCCAGGCAUCUCCCGGGCGACGGCUCCGCAGCAAGAUGGCGGACGAUAAAGAAAGGGAAGGCACAGGCUGAGUUUGCGGAGAAGAGAUUUGUAGUGGACAUACGCACUGUCACUUGGCUGAGAAGGGGUUACAAGCUAGACAAACAGAUGUGGUCGGUCACAACGUGAAGUGGGAGAGAGAGCAGAAACAGGGGGAGCAGCAGGCAGAGAGAGAGGCCGGCAGAAGGGGAAGCACACUUCCCAUUGAACAAGGAGCCCAACAUGGGGCUCCGUCCCAGGACGCCAGGAUCAUGACCUGAGCCGAAGGCAGCUGUUUAACUGACUGAGCCACCCAGCCAAACACCUUGGAGUCAACCUCAAGAGCUUUCUUUUCCUCUGCGUCUAACAUCAAACCUAUCAGCAAGUCUUGUCGGCUCUGCGCUUUCGAUUAUAUCCGGAAUCCUAUCAUUUCUCACCAUCUCCGACUGCUUCCGCCACCAUCCCUGCCACCAUUCUACUCUCCCCAGGACACCGCAGUGACUGGUGUCUCCUUAGAUCCUUGUCCCUUUCUGGGAUAUUCUUAAGAUUAUAGCUGAGAGCUAGUCGUAGCAGAAUAUCACAGAAAAAUCAAGGAGGCUUUUGAAGUGUUUGACCACGAGGCGAAUAAUACAGUGGAUGUGAGCCGAGUGACGCUGGAAGCCGUGUGUUGAAAUUGACGGAACCGCAGGAUGGAGGGAGCUGGGCCCCCGGAAUGAGUCUUUGGAGCAAAGCCAUUCUUCGAUCAGGAAGACUCAUUUUGGAUUUAAAAGAAGCCACUUCCCCUGUUUUCACUUGGACUGAUCACAUUGCCCGGUGGUUGCUGGUCAGAUGGAGAGAGAUCGGAACAAUCAUCAGGUCACUAGGCUGCUGCCCGAGUGAAGGAGAGCUCCAUGACCUGAUUGCAGAGGUAGAGGAAGAAGAACCCACCGGAUACAUUCGAUAUGAGAAGUUUCUUCCAGUGAUGACCGAAGUACUGCUGGAAAGAAGAUACAGACCAAUUCCAGAAGAUACCCUUCUUCGAGCGUUUGAGGUGUUAGAUCCAUCUAAACGUGGAUUUCUGACUAGGGAAGAACUGAUCAAGUAUAUGACUGAAGAAGGUGAGCCUUUUUCUCAGGAAGAAAUGGAAGAAAUGCUGUCUGCUGCCGUUGACCCAGAAUCGAAUUCCAUUCAUUACAAGGACUACAUAGCCAUGAUGGUGGUGGAUGAGAGCUAGGCACCCUGGAGACUCAUCAAAAGGACGGCUGUAGAGAUGGCCUGUCCUCGUUAAUUUCACAUUGUAUAAUUUAAUGCCCAGUGACAACUACUUUGCAAUACUUUAGAUUGUAAAGAUGAACACAAAUUUAUUUGGUGUGUUUAGCUUUAUGGAAUGACCAAUGGCUAAUUAUUUUAAAGCUUAUUCUUAAAAACAUUUUAACAUUAUCUGUGGAUUGUUGUGGAUUGUCUACAAUAAAACCCCAGUGACCUUCAAAUCCAUUAUGCUGACAAAAUGAAGAACGACCAGAAUGACCCCAGGUUGGGCAUAGAAGGAUCUUGGGAGGGGGCAGAGUGAGCACAAAGUGAGGGCCAGUAUCAGCGUGCCGAAACAAGCAACAAACAACGAGCCUCUGCAUCGGGAUGGGAGGGGGUUGUUGAAAGGAAUAUUAAUAGUUAACCCCUUACGAGUGUCGUUUACAAAUCUCAUCUGAAAUGUUAGUAACUUAGUGUGACAAUGUAAGUGUGCUGAUUCAGUGUGUUCCAUUUGCAGAGCAGGUAACGGAGUUGAGGUCAUGGACUCUAUAGAGACAAGAAGACUGAAUGGAAAUUGACAACGUAAGGGAGUGACCGUAGUCUUCCGGUCUUUCAAAUUCUUAGCUAUUCUCAUUGAAUUUAAAUUGAAAAAUAAACAACAAAAAAAGAAUUCUUAGCUGUUCAGAAUAA